UAUUUAUUAAUUCAAUGGGUUUUCUUCUCUUCUCUUACUUCAAUCUUCUCUAUCUUCAAAUUUAAUGCUUCAAAGUUCAAAUCACACCCAUCUCUGCGCUUUAAAUUCCCUCUCUAGGGUUUGUUUCAAGAAUUUGUUGCAGAGGACGAGGUACUGAACAAAAACGAGCUUCUUUGAUCGUCUUCUAGUCCAUAAAGGGUAAGAAUCGAAACAGGUUGUUUAAGAGAUAUUAUGGGAGGAGACAAGCAAGGUUCCAAGAGAGGAGGAAGCUAUGUUGGUGGAUUCUUCCAACUGUUCGACUGGAAUGCAAAAUCUAGGAAGAAGCUGUUUGCUAGCAAGUCUGAUUUACCAGAACAAUCGAAACAGAAGAAGAGAACAGAGGGGAAUCUGCCAGCCACGCGGUUCUAUCUGGAUGAAGCUACAACUGGUUACAGCAUUAAGGGAAGUGACCAUAGUUGUGCUUCUUCAAUGACUGAUGAAGAUGGAUAUGGAUCAAAGGCUCCUGGUGUUGUUGCUAGACUCAUGGGAUUGGACUCCUUGCCUUUCGCUUUCAAUGAUACGAGCUCUCAAGGGAGAGACAAUGAAUAUCAAAGCGAAAAAUUGGAUGAUUUAGUGAAGCUGCAUCAGAAAACCAUAAAUAAGCCUAUUGAGAAGUUCCAAACUGAAAUCCUGCCUCCAAGAUCAGCCAAAUCGAUCCCAAUCACUCACCAUAAACUCUUAUCACCCGUUAAACGCCCCGGUUUUGUUCCAUCUUAUAAGGAAGCUGCUGAUAUAAUGGAAGCAGCCUCGAAAAUUAUUGAACCAGCAUUAUUGCAGUCCAAUUCUAAAAAGGGUAAACUUCCUUCACUUGGGACUCCACCUUCGAUUCCUCUAAAAACAAAGGAUUUGAAGGAGAAAGCAUCUAGCUCUAAAGUGUCAGUAGCCAGCAAAGGACAAACCUCUAAUGUUAAAGCAGAUUCAGAUGAUUUGACAGAUGUGCAGAAGAAAGCAAAGACUAUUUCACUUGCUCUUCAAGCGAAAGUCAACGUUCAAAGAAGAGAAGGAUUGAAUCAAAAUACUAGCAAAAACGCGUUUGGUCAGAAAGAUUCAACUUCGAACCGGACACUCAAAACCCAACCGAAUCAUUCUUCCCAGAAGAAACCAUGUGGAAAUAAUUCUUCCAAUGUCCUUAGGCCGAACAAUCAGAAACAGAACUGCCCAACUGAUAAUAGAGAGAACCAAUCAGCCUUAAAGCCGUCUCUUGCUAAAUCGCAGGGUAGGAGAACAUUACAGGGAGAUUCUUCAUUAAAACGGGAUAAGACACAAAACAAUAGUAGACCUUCUGGGAACUCAAAAAUCGGUUCGAGGAAGUAUGACCAAGACAGUGGAUCGAAUGGGAAACAAGAUGUCUCAUUUUCAACUACAAAAACAGUUUCAAGGAAGAAACGGGUGAUAGAUAAGAAUGAGACGCCUGUUCCAUCAGAUUCAUUGACAGACAGGCAGAAGGGAGUUGAUAUUGUGUCUUUUACAUUCACAGCUCCGAUGACGAGAUCAGAGAAGAAUGAAAGUUUUCAAAGGCAGAUGAUGGCAUUAGAGAAAAGUGAUGAUUUUAUUACUGAACAUAAUAAUAGUAAUAGAGGAAAGAAGAUGAAUUUAUUGGAGUACAAUAAUGUGAUUGGAGGUGAUGCUUUAAGUGCUUUGUUGGAGCAGAAGCUUAGGGAAUUAACUAAUGGAGCAGAAUCUUCUUCAUCAUCAUGCAAUAUGGCUGGAUCAAACAGUUUCUCUGCUUCUGUUUCCAAAGAUUCAGUCAGUAUGAAAACGUUUUCUGAGUUUUCUUCCACAGAUCCAGAGACUCUGGAUGGAGAGAAGAUGGACCUAUCGAGCAGAAACACCAAACAGUUUUUACAACGCUUCUCGAGUCCAAUCUCGGUGUUUGACCAUUCCUCUGAAAGUGCAGAUAGCAACAGUAUUGAAAGUAGCAGGCUAUGCUCUUCUUCCUCUGUUCAAGCUCAGCAAGUUGUUGACGUAAAAUCCUUCAAGUUCAAUUCCAUGGAGACCAAUGUAGAUUUAUCAGAUUCAGCUUCUUCAAUUUCUACAGCCUUGACCAAGAACCAAGAACUAGAUUUGUAUUCGACAAAUGAAUGGAAACUCGAAUAUGUCAAGGAGAUACUGACUGACGUGGAGCUGAUGUUCGAUGACUAUGCAUUAGGCCAAUCCGAAGAAAUGAUGAAUCCCCAGGUUUUCGAUCGAGUUGAAAGUGAAAUAGAUGAUUCUGGAAGCAUCAUCCAUAAUGGAGAGACGUGUAAGUUAAAGAGAAACAUUCUGUUUGAUUGCGUUAGUGAAUCGCUGGAGUUGAGAUGCAGGAACUACACGGCUGGGAGUUGUAAAGCAUUUGAGAAAGGGGUGUCAACUAUAAGAAGAAAAGAUCGGUUAGCUGAAGAAGUCUAUAAGGAGAUCUCGGCUUGGGGAGAGAUGGGAGGAGGAGAUACUAUGGUGGAUGAUUUAGUGGAUAGAGACAUGAGUAGCCAACAUGGAAAAUGGCUCGAUUUUGAAGUCGAAGGAUUUGAAACUGGUUUGGAGAUUCAAGACCAAAUUCUUGACGAGUUAAUGGAAGAAGUCAUUGCUGAUCUUUGCAAGCUCUAAAUAGCCAGACACUUAAUGUUAUCAAAUUUGUUCAUUUGCGGUUUCAUUGGAUUUGGCACAAAAAAAUUAGAGACCCCAAUUAAUUAUGUUAUGUUUUUAUCAAGUUUGAAUCUUUCUAGCUUACAAUAUGUUUUGGAUUUGUGGGUCAAUUUGGGUGACAGUUCUAAUACAAAUCAUGCAGUAACCA